AUGGCAGCAAGGAAGAGCUAUUCAAGCUGCUUGCAGACAAGGUAUGUAUAGAUUUAGGAUGUUUGCCUGCUUUGUCAAUACUUAUCAUAGCAAUAGAUCAACAGAAUAUGUUCACUAGAAUACAUUAGUGAAUCCAUUAAUGAAAUUAUCUAUGACAUAACAUAUUUCAGGUCGUUUCAUUGGCACUGCCUGAAGACAAAGAGGUUUACUUGACUCACGGUAGCAGUGUGCUAACUUCCAGCAACAGAUCUGAAAUGAGCAACCUUGCGCUGUGCACCCACAAAGAAGCCGACACUCACCUGAUGAUCCACGCUCUUGAUGCGUCAUUAAGAGGUCAACGACACAGAUGUGAUUGUUCUCUCCCUUUCAGUUGUCAGCACUCUCCCAUUGAUGAAUUUUGGAUAACAUGUGGUUCAGGGAAGAAUGUGCAACAGAUGCCUGCGCACGUCGUCGCUUCAUCCUUAGGUCCCUCUAAAGUGUCCGCGUUGCCAAUGUUCCAUACCUUGACAGGGUCCGACACAGUUUCAUUCUUCCGCAACCGUGGAAAGAAGUCUGCAUGGGAUGUUUGGAACGUCUUUCCCGAGUUGACCCCAGUUCUGUGCACUUUGGAAGCUUCACAAGAGAUCAUCACGAAAGAAUCACUUGCUGUCUUGGAAAGGUUGUGGUACUUCUCUAUGACCGAACAAGCAGUCUAUUAAAAGUCAACAAAGCACGCCAGGAGCUAUUCUGCAAGAAAUCAAGGGAAUUUGACAACAUACCGCAAACUAAAGAAGCGCUUGAGCAGCACAUCAGACGAGCAGUACUUCAGGGAGCUCAUACUUGGGGCCAAACCCUCUUGUGCCAGCCCGCACUUCCUAGCCCUGCAGACUGGGGAUGGUAG